UCUCUCUCUCUGUCUGUGUAGCCGUUAAAUGAGCUUUAAAUGCUCUCUGCUUUACUCUUCUGCUUUCUUUAUCACCUCCUCUCUCCCCUCAUCAUUAUUACUCCUCUCUCUAUAGUUUCUCUCUCUAUAAGCACACGCAGAGGAACCAGUCUGCCUUAAAUAAUCUUUUCCUGCUCAGGUAAAAUCAAACACUAUAGCACCCACCAAACUCUCUGUCCCCCUCUCUCUUCUUUAAUGCAUAUUCUGUCGCUGGUGGAGGAGGAGGAGGAGAAGAGGAAGGAGAAGACUGGGUUUCAAAUAAUACUGUACUCGUCCUCUCUCUCUCUCUCUCUGUGUGCUCCCGCCCUUAUCGGCAACCAUUUCUCGUCAAACCCACUUGAAAAUUCAUUUCUGGGUCUUUCCUCUUUGCUCCUGCUCUGAGCUGGGCAGCUCUUUUCUCUUUGGUCUUGGUCCGAGAUCAACAAUUGACGACUGCUUCUUCUUCUUCUAAUUUUUCUGUGACUGCGAGUUAAGUUUUAGCAAGCUGUGUUUCACCUUCCCUUCGGUUGAGCUAUGCACUGUACCGAAUAGGAAAGUUGCCGUCUUGAAUUGAAAGGUGGUUGCUUUGCCGUCUUCUUAUCACCUUUUUUUUUUCCAUAUCACAUUGUCUGGCGUUGCUCUUCUUCAUCUUCUGUAAGCUUAGAACUUUGAUCUUAAGCUCUCCAAUGGAGUCCCGCCGUUUUUAACUAGAAACAUGAUUCUCAAAGCUCUCUUCCUCAUCGUCGUCUUUGCUCCAUUCCUAGCACAUUCCGUAGACCCAGUCUUCAACGACGACGUUCUGGGCUUGAUAGUCUUCAAGGCCGGGCUUGUCGACCCUGAGUCGAAGCUCGCGUCUUGGAACGAGGACGCCGAGAGCCCUUGCAGCUGGGAUGGCGUGAAAUGUGACCCCCUGUCCCACCGAGUCAUCGAGCUCGCCCUGGACGGGCUCUCCCUCUCCGGCCACAUAGGCCGCGGCCUCUUAAGGGUGCAGUCCCUCCAGGUCCUAUCUCUGUCCAACAACCGCCUCAACGGGACCAUUCUCCCCGGUCUUACUCGCCUCGGGACCUUGCAGGUCAUCGACCUGAGCGGGAAUAACCUCACUGGAUCGAUCCCAGGGGAAAUGUUCCGGCAAUGUGGUUCUCUAAGGUCGGUCUCCUUCGCCAGGAAUAGCCUUACGGGGAGGAUUCCAGACUCGCUGAGUUCUUGCCAGACUCUGGUUGCGGUUAACUUCUCCUCGAAUCAGCUCUCAGGGGAACUGCCGUUGGGGAUAUGGUAUACGAGAGGGCUUCAGUCGAUCGAUCUCUCAGACAAUUGGCUGGAAGGAACGAUCCCCGAAGGGAUUCAGAAUCUUUACGAUGCAAGGACUGUGAACUUACGAGGAAACCGAUUCACAGGGUGGAUUCCUAAGGAUGUAGGUGGUUGUUACGUUUUAAAGUCCCUCGAUUUGAGUGGUAAUUUCCUCUCGGGAACUCUUCCUGAGUCAAUGAGGAGGCUCGUUUCGUGCACUUCUAUUCGCUUGGGCAGGAAUUUGCUCACAGGGGAGGUUCCCACUUGGAUCGGAGGCUUGACAAGCCUUGAGAGUUUGGAUCUUUCGGGGAAUACGUUCUUUGGGAGGAUCCCCGAAUCGGUUGGAAAUCUUCAGCAGCUGAAGGAACUGAACCUUUCCAUGAACCACUUCACGGGAAUCUUGCCUGGAUCAAUUGCGAAUUGCAUUGACAUCUCGGUCUUGGAUGUUAGCCAGAAUAUGUUGACGGGCGAUUUCCCCAUCCGGGUUUUCAGGCCUGAUUCAGCUGUAGCAGCUGACUCUUAUGGAAAUCUCGAGGUUUUGGAUGUUUCUUCUAAUGCGUUUUCAGGAGAAUUUCCUGCCAGUAUUGGGACUUUAAGCAACCUGCGGCUCUUGAACGUGUCGGCAAACUCUAUUUUCGGUUCUAUCCCCACGAGCAUCAGGGCAUUGAAUCGAACUCGGUUUCUUGAUCUAAGCAAGAAUAAGCUGAAUGGGACCAUUCCUCAUGAGAUCGGUGGGGCGGUUUCGCUUGAGGAGCUGAGACUGGAGAAGAACUUCCUUAGCGGGAAGAUCCCGACCGAGAUUGAGAAGUGCUCUUCCCUGACAUCUCUGAUCCUAUCAGAUAACAACCUCACAGGCCCCGUUCCUUUGGCCCUCUCAAAGCUUUCUAAUCUCGAGUAUGUGGACCUAUCCUCAAACCACCUCUCAGGAAGCCUACCGAAGGAGCUUACGAACCUGUCCCACCUUCUCUAUUUUAACAUCUCUCACAACAACCUCGAGGGUGAGCUGCCUGUGGGCGGCUUCUUCAACACGAUCCCGCACUCUUCUGUCUCAGGCAACCCUGCCCUUUGUGGGUCUGUCGUGAAUGAUUCCUGCCCAAGUGUCCACCCGAAGCCCAUUGUCCUCAAUCCUAAUUCCUCCUCCGACUCGGGUGGAGGCUCUUCUUCGUCCCCAAACCGCCACCACAAGGGGAUCAUCCUCAGCAUCUCGGCCCUGAUUGCGAUUGGGGCGGCUGCCUCAAUAGCCAUUGGGGUGGUGGCUGUAACGGUCCUCAACAUUCAUGUUCGGUCCUCCAUGUCCCGUGCUGCUCCACCACUCACUUUCUCGGGAGGAGGAGGUGAAGAGUUCAGCUGUUCUCCGUCGGCUGGGGGCCCGAACUAUGGAAAACUCGUCAUGUUCUCUGGGGACGCAAACUUUGUUGCAGGAGCACAUGCACUGCUCAACAAGGACUCUGAGAUAGGGCGGGGUGGGUUUGGGGUGGUUUACCGGACUGUCCUCAGGGAUGGGCGAUCGGUUGCAAUUAAGAAGCUCACUUGCUCUGGUCUGAUCAAGUCCCAGGAAGAUUUUGAGCGGGAAGUGAAGACACUCGGGAAGAUCAGGCAUCGGAAUGUUGUAUCCCUUGAGGGGUAUUAUUACGACCCCUCCUUGCAGCUGUUAAUUUAUGAGUACGUCCCGAGCGGGAGUCUGCACAGGCUCAUCCAUGAUGCAAGUACAGAUAAUUGUCUAACGUGGCGCCAGCGGUUCAACAUAAUUCUCGGGAUGGCGAAGGGCCUAGCUUAUUUGCACCAAAUGAAUGUGGUUCAUUACAACCUGAAGUCGACGAACAUUUUAUUGGAUGGCUCUGGUGAGCCUAGACUAGGGGAUUUUGGCCUUGCAAGGCUGUUACCGGCCUUGGACCGCUGCGUCCUAAGUAGCAAGAUCCAAAGUGCCCUUGGAUACAUGGCCCCGGAGUUCGCAUGCCGAACUGUGAAAAUCACUGAGAAGUGCGACGUUUAUGGGUUCGGGAUUCUGGUGCUGGAGGUGGUGACAGGGCGGAGGCCCGUGGAAUACAUGGAGGACGACGUGGCUGUCCUGUGUGAUGUAGUGAGGAGCGCAUUGGAUGAAGGCCGGAUCGAGGAAUGCGUCGACGAGAGGCUCAGGAACAGUUUUCCAGCAGAAGAGGUGAUUCCAGUGGUAAAGCUCGGGCUGAUCUGUGCCUCCCAGGUCCCCUCAAACAGGCCGGAUAUGAGCGAGGUGGUGAACAUCUUGGAGCUGAUCCAAUGCCCUUCGGAAGGUCAGGAGGACAUCGAGUGAGCUCGAGGUUCAGGAGUACCGUAAACUACAGUAUAUUGAAAUCGCGAUCGCAUCUCCGGGGAAGAGUAAUCCAGUUUUUUACCAAAGCGAUGAUGAUGUAGUGUAGUGUUCAAUUAUUUUGGUUUAUUUCUUUUUCCUACUUUUAUUUAUCCCUUUUAUUUCCUUUUUUUUGGGGGGGGGGGGGGGGGGGGGAGGGGGGUUAUUUUUGUUGUCAGUUGUAUUACUGGAUUCCUCUUCACCGGCAACAUACAGGCAGAAUUUUGGAUGUCUUUCAAUUCACUGAUGACUGAUCCCUUGCAGAUAAAUAUAUCGAAUCCGAGCAUGCCUUAGGCU